AGCAUUGCGUCUGUGAGAGUAACAGAAAGAAAGUAAGAGACAGAAGAGAUCGUGGCGCCACUUUGAGAGCUGUAUAAAUAGUAAAGAGUACUGCCCGGGACCGUACCCAAAGAAACAACAGGACAGGGGCUGCAAUCCACAGCAAUGAAUGACAUCAAACUGGCCCUGUUGGGCAGUGAGGGAGCAGGCAAAUCUGCGGUGCUGGUGAGAUUCUUGACCAAAAGAUUCAUAGGAGAAUAUGCCUCAAAUUCCAACUCUUUAUACCAUAAAAGGCUCUCAAUUGAUGGAAGACAGUUAAACUUGGAAGUCUUUGAUCCAUGCUCGCAGAGUGGAGAAAGCAGAUGUAUCUUGGAGGAACCAGUAGACUGGGCUGAUGGGUUUGUGGUGGUCUACAACAUCAGCGACCGUACGUCCUUCCUAAAUGCCAAAAACAUCUUGGCGCAGAUCAAAGAGAGUCGUCGGGAGACCUGUAAAGGGGAGGUCCCUGUCUGCCUGGUGGGUAACAAGCAAGACCUAUGUCACAGCCGUCAAGUGAGUGAGGAGGAAGGCCGUUUCCUGGCCCACGAAAACAAAUGCCUCUUCCAGGAGGUGUCAGCGGCUGAGAACUACCUGGAGAUUGCCAACCUCUUCACGAAACUCAUCCGCCAUGUAAUGGAACAGCUGAAGCACAGAGGCGACCGCAGGCGAUACAGUGGCUCCAAGUCCAUGGCCAAACUCAUUAACAAUGUUUUUGGCAAGAGGAGAAAGUCGGUUUGAGUGCAGAACAACAUACAAGAAAGAGCCCAGAAAUGAACUUGAGUCUGUCUCCAUUUUAUCAGUAAUGGAGUUAUGUCCUUGUUAAACCUACAAGUAAUCUUCUAGGAACGGCCUUACAAACUGCAUUUCAAAUGGGUACUGAUAAGACAUCCCAUGUAGAAGAGAACCUCAUAACCUACAAAAUAUUAUUAGUGAGGGUAAAGGGUUUGAAAGUUAUAUGCAUGAGCUAUAAAUAGUGUUAGAGUUAACAAGACAAAUAAAUGCAUGCGUUUAUACAACCACAUUGGGUUUAGUGUAUUAGCGCAUUAAAGUAGCUAUCACAGUGCCUCAUGACAUAUUUUGCACCAUCAUUCUUUGCAUUUAAUACUCAUGAACUCUAAAUAGGUUUUUAUUUAGUCGAGAGAUAAAUCCUUAUCUCAUUAUUUACACAUACUGAUGAUAUUUCUUGUAUAAUUGUCAGACAAGUAGAAGAGACAAAGCAAUUUACCCUGAAAUAUAUUGAAUUUUUCUUUGUCACAUGCAGAUGUUUUGGUGAUAUUUUGAAUAACAUAGUGAAUGCUUUCAAACACUUUCUUCAAAGGGUAACACGCAUUCUUUCCCUCCCUGAAAUUCCAAAGUUGUUUUAAUGGCGUGAGACCGAGUUUGCAUUAAGGAAUGCACAACAAAGUCUGAGGGAAUUUAAUUUAUCUAGAUGCUGUGAUGAGGUGUAAAUUGGCAGUAAAUUACUUUUCUAACAAAAGCCAUGGCAAAGGACCUAAAACAAAACUCUUGCAAUCCUUCUAUGGCAUUGUCAUGCUUUACUUUUGUAUUUAAUUGCAUUUAAAAUGGACUGCAGGAUUA